GGUCCAGGGUUUAUCGUUCGCUUCUUCCUAAAGAAUCCGACUCUCUUCGACUUCGCCUUGCCUCGCCCGCAAGAUCGAUGGCGGAAACCCUAGAUGUCGAGACCCCACCGAUCGGAGAAACCUCGGCCUCCUUGCCCGGCCUCGUUUCUGACACCCAAAAUGUUGAACAUGCGAGUGAUUUCGAGCCAGGAGACAACUCUCUUGAGUUGGAGGAGAAGGCCCCUGAUGCAGCGGUAGAGAAGGGGGAAGAUAGAAGAGAGUUAACCAGGACUCGCUAUUCGAGGAAGGAGAUGGAGGCGAUGAGGUCUACGGGCGUCAGAGAGCAGCGGCGGUGGUGGGAGGAGGUGUACGAGGGGCUGGGCGAGGUCGUCGCUCGAGAUUACGAUGGGCUUCGCGCGGAUACCACUCGGAAGCAGAAGCGCAGGGGAAAGAACAAAAAAGCAAAGGCCUCCCCUGUUGUCUGUGAAGAAUUUUCUGUAAAUGCUUCUGAAAGUUUGGAUCUGUUGGAUUUCUCUGAGAUUGCUUGCGAUGAUGCUGAUGUUGGUAGUCAGAAUGGCCAAUCUGUAGAAGAAUGGUGCUGUGACAAUGAAUGCAUAAACAAUGAAGAUGACAGCAGUGACGAUGAGCCUGACAGUAUUCAGAGGCCUGCCUUUCUUGUUGAAGGUGAACCUGAUUUUGAUUCUGGUCCACCAUUAGAUGGGAUAGAGUACCUUAGACGGGUCAGGUGGGAAGCUGCUCAAAUUCCAAAAGUGAAAGUGGCGAAGCUCAAAGUGAGUAAACGAAGCAGUGAACAAACACCUUAUAUGCCUAAAAUACCAGAGUUUGAGAAGUGCCCUUGUAACUUGUUUCCAUCUAAACUUUGGGAAGAUGCUUUCCUUGCUGAAUAUUCAGAGAUAAGACAGACUUUCUCAGAGCUGGAAGAUUCUUGUGACCAACUUUUCUCGACAAGUCACGAUAAAAAUGCUUGCAAAGACCCUGACCAUACACACAAGCCAGAGAGUUUUCCAACGAUGUCGUUCUUAUGCCGCAUGGAUGCUGUUUCCCGAGCAUCAACACUGAGGAACUACAUAAGCAUGUUUGAGAGUGCAGAUGUACUGUCACGGGAUGACUGCUUAUGGUUGUUUGCGCUCUCAGUAGUAGUGGACACACCACUUGAUGCAGAUAUGUGUUCUUCUAUGAGGUGCUUGCUGCGUAAGUGCUUGAGUCUUCUUGCUAGAAAAUCCGAGCCUGAUGAUGAGGUUGCUAUGCUAAACAUACUCGUCGCAAUCACUGGCAAAUACUUUGGGCAGUCUGAGAACUAGACACAGAGAAUAAGAUAUUUACAGAGAGAGGAUGAAGAAGAAGCUAACACUGUCAAAAAAUAAGAGUGAGAUCGAAUACUUGGUUUAAAGAAAUCAUAAGUUCACUUUUUAGUACACUAUUCUAUCUGCAGAAGUAUAAUCCUGCUAGAAUUUUGCAUCUCUCUGUGUAGUAUGUAGCACUUUUUUGGUGUGAAGCCGCUUCUGCACCUGUAAGGGAAAAUUGUUAUUUUCCCUCGAAACAACAUAUUUUGUGUUCAGUUUUUAUGUUGUACGUAAUUGUGAUUUUGAUCGUAA